ACCAGCUGAUAUUUUCUUUCUUCAGGACCAGCUGUUCAGGAGCAUCCCGGACGAGAGCCAGGCACAUUUGAGACUUGGAUCGAACUGAAGACCGCCGCAGAUUCUUCUGCAGCAAUGUCGGUGUUAGAAGAGAGCCGACCGUUUGCUCAACAGUUAUCCAAUGUCUAUUUUACAAUACUUUCACUUUUCUGUUUUAAGCUUUUUGUGAAAAUCAGCCUUGCCAUCCUUAGUCAUUUCUACAUUGUGAAAGGCAACCGCAAGGAAGCGGCAAGGAUAGCAGCUGAAUUUUACGGAGUAACUCAAGGACAAGGUUCCUGGGCAGAUAGAUCACCACUACAUGAAGCAGCAAGUCAAGGUCGUCUGCUUGCUCUCAGAACACUAUUAUCACAGGGCUAUAAUGUAAACGCAGUAACCAUAGACCAUAUCACUCCAUUGCAUGAAGCCUGCCUUGGUGAUCAUGUGGCAUGUGCCAGAACACUUCUGGAAGCUGGAGCUAAUGUAAACGCAAUCACAAUAGAUGGUGUGACUCCUUUAUUCAAUGCAUGCUCACAAGGCAGCACAAGCUGUACAGAACUUCUUUUGGAAUAUGGUGCCAAAGCCCAGCUCGAGUCAUGUCUUCCAUCUCCCACACAUGAGGCUGCCAGUAAAGGUCACCACGAAUGUCUCGACUUAUUAAUAUCCUGGGGCAUAGAUGUUGACCAAGACAUUCCUCAUUUGGGAACUCCUCUCUAUGUAGCUUGUAUGUCACAGCAAUUCCAUUGCAUCUGGAAGCUUCUUUAUGCCGGUGCUGAUGUACAGAAAGGCAAAUAUUGGGAUACUCCAUUACAUGCUGCUGCUCAACAAUCCAGUACAGAAAUUGUAAACUUACUGAUAGAAUUUGGAGCAGAUAUCAAUGCCAAAAAUACAGAGCUUCUGCGACCUGUAGAUGUAGCUACAACUAGCAGCAUGGUAGAAAGAAUAUUGCUUCAACAUGAAGCUACACCAAGCUCUCUUUGCCAGCUUUGCCGACUCUGUAUCCGAAACUACAUAGGGAGACCAAGACUGCAUCUCAUCCCACAGCUCCAGCUGCCAACACUACUGCAGAAUUUCCUACAAUAUCGAUAAAGCAGUAAAAUAAUUCUAAAUAAUCUGAAAAUCAAAAGUUUCUACUUUAUUCUCAUUAUGAAUACUUACUAUAAAAUUAUACUAAAGAUAGGGUUAAAGUGAGUAUGAGAUCACCCAGGGAAUCAGUGAAAUAUCAAUUUUCAUCUUAAGUGUACUAGUUAGUACUAUUAUUUUAUGCAUUUUUACUGUCUUUGGGUUAUAAUAUAUUUAUUAUAUCUAUGUUAUCAGCUAUCCCAAUAUAUGCUUUUGUUGAUUUAAGGAAAAGUUGAUUUAGGGAAACAUGAGAAGUUCUCCAUUGUAUGUUUAAUCAGAAUGGAAAAAAUAUGAACUCUUAAUAAAAUUAUAAAUUUCAUUUUGUAUUUUAAAAGGACUAUAUUUGUCAAAUUUUUAAUAUUGGUUAUGUUAAUUCAUUACCUUGUAUAGACACAGCAUAUAAGUAUGGUUUAGGUAAAGAAAAAUGAAUAUGCUUUUUGAAAUAAAGAUGACUUUUAUUCAAGAAAUUCA